AUGCGCUUGUUGAAAAAGUCGGUGACAGCAGAAGGUGCUGUGGAGGUAAAGUUGCAAGUAAGUACCAGUGAAGAUUUGUGGCAUUUAUAUAAUUUGGUGCUUCCAGGAGACCAGGUACGCACGAACACAAGACGAAAGGUUGUGAAGGAAACUUCUAUAGGAUCACAGGCUGCGGAGGUGCGAACAAUUACAUUACAGUUACAGGUACGCAACACAGAGUUCUCUCCUGAUGAGCUACGCGUUCAGGGAGUUAACGUUAAGGAGAAUGAAUGCGUAAAGUUGGGUGCACAUCACACACUUUCAGUACACGCAUUUCCACCGCAGGAUGUUGUGAUUUUGAAGGAUGAGUGGAAUGAUGUAUUCGCUGCACGUCUGAAGGAAGCGUGCGAUAAUGAGUCGCGAGCAGACACAGUGGCAGUUUUGAUGGACAGUGGUACUGCAUCCGUUCUCCUGGUAACUCCUUCCUUCAUGUACACAAAAGCAAAGAUUGAGGUGUCCAUAGCCAAGAAACAUAAGAACGAUGGAACCGCACGGGAUAGGAGCAUUCAGCGGUUCUUCAAACAAGUGUUGGACGCCCUCUGCAUGCACGUAGACUUUGAUAAGGCUAAGUUGAUCCUUAUUUGCUCUCCGGCGCAUGUGCGGGAGGAAUUCAAAGCGUAUGUAGAAGCCGCAAUGGCUCAUUCUGAGGCUAUGGCUAUGCGCAACCUCCGCAAAAACUUUUCUAAGAUAGUGUUAAUAAAGGUGAGAGACAAUACGAACGACGCCCUUCGUGAGGCGUUCGCGGAUCCUAACAUUGCAAAUCAGAUGGAAUCUACACGAUGCCGUGACGAGAUAAAAGUGUGGCAGGACUUUCAGAAGACGAUGGAUGAGGAUCCAGACCGCUGCGUAUAUACGCCACAAAUGGUUUACAGAGCGGCGAUGUUAGGGGCUGUGGGAAAACUUAUGGUGAGUGACGUUGUGUUUCGCUCUGAAGACCCCACAGUGCGUCGCUUUUACCUUUCACUCAUUCGUUUUGUGCGGCAGGGCGGUGGUGGUGUUAGUGUUUUUUCUAGUAACCACGUCACUGGCGAGCAGUUAACGCAGUUGGGGUUUGUUGCAGCUAUUCUUCAUUUCCCCUGUGAUGAACUUGAUGAUCUGGAGGUGGUGGAAAAUUUUAUCGACAGCGAGGAAGCCGCAACCUUCAUUCGGGAAAAUGCUGCGGCAAGUGUAGUUGUGUAA